AUGACCGACAACAACACCGACCAAGUAAACACGCGUUCCUCACUGUUACCCACUCAGGAGGGCGACAUGAACGCCGGCCGCAAUUACAUCGAUACCCCUCGUAUACCCACGAGCUUCGCCGACCGAGACAUCACAGAUUCGGAAGCUGCGGGUCAAGAUGAUCUUUUCAACGUGGAAUCCGACCCUGACCACGUUGAAGAACCCGAGACGCGUAGACUUCCCGCCUCACCUUCUCUAGACGAGGAGAAUGUCUCGUAUACGUCCGAGGCAUCGUCGAAGUCAGAAGAGGACUGGGCCAAGAUGACUACCUCUGAUAUACCCGAGCUAGACAUCGGUCUAUCUGUCGACGCACCGCCGGGCAUUGCCGCAGAAAUGGCCCCUCAAGAUCUGAACUUUCUGGACUCCGAUUCUGAGAACGAUGAUGAGGUGGAAUAUAUGCAGCGUGCCGACCUGUCUUCUGGCGCAAGUAUAACUUGGAAGGCGAUCAACGAAGCUUCUGGAAUGCUCACAGUACGAGACGACGACAACGCGUCGGACUACCAAUAUGUGGAAGAAGACCGCGAGGGUGACGCGGAAGAUAGCGAUGUGAUCUCGCGGCAUCAGGAAGAGGCGAUGCGUUCACCUACCGAGGAACCAAACGCGGUAUACGAAGAUAUUGGACUGGACCGGAAGUACUUCGACCAUGAUUACUUCCUCGAAUACUAUGGUUUGGCACGGGAACAAUGGACGGCGCACGGAGACGGUUCCGAUAUUCGAGCCGACUACCCCGACAUGGAGGAGGUCAAGCCAGAUUCCGACCCGGCUAGAAGCCGCGCUACCAACAGCACGAGGAAGAAGAAGAAGCAUGUCUUCCACGAGGAUGAGGAUGCCUGGUUGACUUUGUUCUUCGAAAAGCUUAAGGCGGUCAUCGAGAGCGGAAAGAACGUUGAGAUACCGAGCGAAGCCAUGAUGUACAAGUGUUUCAACAACUUCUUCGAGGGCAAGGUGCUGAAAGAUUCGGAUGGACAACCCCUCUCUCCUCGUGUAGCACGAUAUACCGGCACCAUACACAAGCAUCUUAGGAGGCCGGGAGCCGUGAAGAUGGUCGCUGUCCGCGAGGAGAUAUUGAGUAUGAUGGAAGAUAGAGCAGGUGGCCAGCUGUAUGUCCCUGUAAUUACGGAUGACGACAUCCAGCAGUAUCUUGCAGGCGGCACUUACACCGUGGACGAUCCUGAUGACAAGGAGAAGAACCACAGAUUCGCUCUUUCGGUGAAGGAGAUCAAGCUCAACGAAACUCUCCGAGCAACCGCGAACAAGAAGCGCAAACAGGCCGCUCAAGGCUCACCCUCUUCUUUCCCUCAGCAGACUUCAUCGCCCAAGCAGGCGCCCAUCCCCGAACAGACAACCUCUGCCAAGCAAUCUCCGUCUCCCCAGAAUACGACGUCCCUCCAGAAAUCCUCGUUCACCGGAAACGUCCAGUCUUCACAUCAGACUCGACCACCAACACCAUCACUAGGUGCCACGGCUCAAGCCACCGAUGCAAUGACUACCGAUAUCGGCGCUCUGGACCGUGAGAUGAAUAUCGGCCAUAGCGAAGGAUAUGGCAUGGAUGAUGACGGUCCUCUACCCACCAUCGAUCCUGACAUCGAGGACUCAUCUAAGCCGGUGACUGUAGAGCGCCCCUUCCACAUCGAGGCCGAUCCUUUCUGGCAGGCACACAUGGAAGGUAAGAAUAAGAAGAAACUUCCUGAGGGAUCAGGACAGGGCUUCGACGACCAUACGGACGUAGAGGUUGCAGGCGUUGACCAUGAAGAGCAAGGUCGACCUGCAAAGAAGCUGAAGAUGAGUGAUUGA